UUUAUUUAUUAUUACUCUCUCUCUCAUUUUCCUAUCGGUCUGUCGGUGUUCAGAUCUUGCAGCUUCUACACUCCACAGCCUCGGCCACACCUCUGUGCAGGUUGCUUCAAGAUCCAACAACCGCAAACAACAACGACAAUAAACCGGCCCAUAUACUCUCCAAAUCUCUUGCUCGCUCCAAAGUUUCGUUUUUUUUGUUCCGUUGAACCAAUCGAUGCCUGGUUUAUGAUAGCCGUUGGUGGUGUUGUUGAGGUGUGCGAGGGAGAUUGCAAGGAAGGGUUGUGCAUGAGUAGGGAUUUCAUCUGGAGUUUAUGUUCAAGGUGGGAUUGCGGCUUUGUGAUCCGGAGCAGGGGUAGAUGGGGCAAAUGUGGCUAAUGAUCCCAUCCUCAUUUCAUCUCAUCAAAUACUGAACUAGUGAUCUUCACCCAAUCAAUUCGUGUCUUCUCCCUGUUUUUCACUAAGCUUGUUGUGUUUGGGGAUCAUUGAAGGUGAUGCACCAGGAUCAUCAGAAGAAGGCGAUUUGAUCAUCCCAGAUUGGAAUCCUAACUGUUUUCUUAUACGUUCAUCAUCAUCUGAUUAACAACUGAGUUCGACAGAGAUGGACUUCUUCUCUGAAUAUGGUGAUGCUAAUCGGUAUAAAAUCCAGGAAGUUAUUGGGAAAGGCAGCUAUGGCAUUGUUUGUUCAGCCACUGACACUCACACUGGGGAAAAAGUGGCAAUUAAAAAGAUACAUGAUAUUUUUGAACACAUAUCUGAUGCUGCCCGUAUCCUUCGUGAGAUAAAGCUGCUUAGACUUCUACGACAUCCUGAUAUUGUUGAAAUCAAGCAUAUCAUGCUACCACCUUCGAGAAGGGACUUCAAAGAUAUUUAUGUCGUCUUUGAGCUCAUGGAGUCAGAUCUUCAUCAAGUCAUCAAAGCCAAUGAUGACUUGACACGAGAGCACUAUCAAUUUUUUCUUUACCAGCUGCUUCGUGCGUUAAAAUAUAUUCACACAGCGAAUGUCUAUCAUCGUGAUUUGAAACCUAAGAAUAUACUGGCGAAUGCAAACUGCAAACUUAAGAUCUGCGAUUUUGGAUUGGCGAGAGUUGCCUUCAAUGAUACGCCAACUACAAUCUUUUGGACGGACUAUGUUGCUACAAGAUGGUAUAGAGCUCCUGAACUCUGUGGAUCAUUUUUCUCGAAGUAUACACCUGCAAUUGACAUAUGGAGUAUAGGCUGUAUCUUCGCUGAAGUUCUAACAGGGAAACCUCUUUUUCCUGGAAAGAAUGUUGUUCACCAGCUGGAUUUAAUGACGGAUCUACUUGGGACACCUUCGUUAGAUACAAUCUCCCGGGUUCGAAAUGAGAAGGCAAGACGAUACUUAACAAGUAUGAGGAAGAAACAGCUGGUGCCCUUUGCUCAAAAAUUUCCAAAUGCCGAUCCGUUAGCCCUGCGACUCUUGGAAAGGUUGCUUGCCUUUGAUCCGAAAGACCGACCUACCGCUGAGGAGGCACUGGCAGAUCCCUACUUCAAGGGAUUGUCGAAAGUUGAGAGGGAACCUUCCUGUCAGCCAAUUACAAAAAUGGAAUUUGAGUUUGAGAGACGAAGGGUCACAAAGGAGGACAUAAGAGAGCUAAUUUUUCGGGAGAUACUUGAAUACCAUCCCCAGCUGCUCAAAGACUAUAUCAAUGGAACUGAGAGGACUAAUUUCCUUUUCCCAAGUGCUGUUGAUCAAUUUAGAAAGCAGUUUGCGCAUCUUGAGGAAAAUGGUGGUAAAAGUGGUCCAGUUAUUCCAUUAGAAAGGAAGCAUGUCUCUCUUCCUAGGUCUACGAUUAUACAUUCCAAUACAGUCCCUCCAAAGGAGCAAGCAAAUGUCACUUCUUUCAAAGAUCGGCACGUUGGUGAAGAUAUGCACCACAGAAAUUCUAGAGAUGCUGUAGGAAUUUCUAUAAAUCCGUCUAGAGCCUUGCAAGCGGCCCAAAGGAUUCCACUUGCCAAACCUGGAAAAGUUGUGGGGCCAAUUGCUCCAUAUGAGAAUGGAAGUAUUAUGAAGGAUAGCUAUGAUCCAAGAGCAUUUGUCAGAAGCUCAGUCCACCCUCCUAAUGCUGUUCCUCCCGCUUACUGCUUUCACAAGUCUAGCUCUGUCAAGCAGGAGAAGUCUGUAACAGAAGCUGAGAGGGACUUGUCCUCUCAAGCAAAACAAGUUACUCAAUGUGGUGUGGCAAACAAAUUUGCUCCAGACGUAGAGAUCAACAUAGACUCGAGCCCUUUUUUCAUGACACGUGCUGGGAUUAAUAAGGCAGAACAUGUCAAUGACUCUGUGACGAGGGAUGGAAACUUGUUGCAGGCGGCUAAGUCCCAGUAUAGCGGUCUAGGUGUUGUUGCCAGUGCCGCAGCAACUGCAGCUGCUCACCGAAAAAUGGGGACCAUGCAGUAUGGUGUGACAAAGAUGUACUAAGGAAAAAAAGGGUUUUAUGGGUUUUGGCUGAAUCGAGUAGCCCAUGCGGAGAGGCAAGGGGCUGUUUCUGGAAAAUCAAUUGUCCCCUUGGUGUGUACUGCAGAAGAAGAGGGAAACGGGGAAGGAAAAGAAGCAUUCAACUUUCUAUCUAGAGCCACCAGCAGCAACCUCAGGUUAUGUAAACAAUUGCGUCCUUCAAAUUAUACUUGCAUUUUAACAAAAAUAAUUUUUUUUACUUUCUUCCCCAAGAACAAUGGGUGAUUGGAUACUUACAUGGAGAUGAUAUCUGGAGAAUGUUUAUAUUUGAUAGGCAAAUCUUGUGAGAUAAAUAAAACAGGGAAACUAUUCGUGUCUGA